GGAAGACAACAGGAGCAGGAGCUGAGAACAUUCAUUAUAAACAAAAUCUUGACACUGACAUUUAUCAGGGAAGGAAUAGAUUUUGCGCAGGAUUUCAAAUCCACCGGAAAUUGGGGCACAUCUCUUUUUUGUCUCUCGUCGUUGGUUGUCCUUUUUUUUUUUUUUCUUUGCCUUUGUCAUCGCCAUCAGUUUGGUUCUUCUCCACAUUAAUUGUACUCUGGUCUUCCAUAAAGAUCGUCGCGGUGCGAGCUUUUUACUUUGUGUCUGUCUCGUGUUUUGGUUAAAUGUAAUUUGUCUCUAAACAAAAUUUUUUCCAAUUUAAGAAAAACAACUGCGAAUUUGGUUAUGCAAGAAGAAUAACCUCCCUCUUUUAAUUUAGCGGCGUUUUUUCUAUUUUCUUUCUAAUUUUCUUUAUUUUAUUUAGUAAAAUAACAAACAAAAAACCUUGACAAAGUACAAAGACAGCGGCGUUAGUUUAAAUGAGAAGUGAAUGGAAAUCGAUUUGUUCAGUGUUGUGGUAAAAGUUUCUAGGAAGGGUCCUUUGACAAUGAAUUGCCUGAAAAUGCUCCGAAAGUAAAACUAUACACACAAAAAAACAACGUGGGGAGGCUUGAUUUUUUUUAUUAAAUUGCAACUAAUUGGGAAUGCGGAUUGUAAUUGGAUCGUUAAACAAAUGGAGGAGGACGAAGCAAAUUUCGAGGACAACAUUUGGGCUGGCAUGCUAUGUGUUAUAUUCUUCUUCCUCAUUAUCUCAGUGCUAGCAUUCCCGAAUGGACCAUUCACACGACCGCAUCCGGCCGUUUGGCGAAUCCUAUUUGGAUGUUCUGUGCUCUAUCUGCUGGCGUUGCAAUUCCUUAUGUUCCAAAAUUACAAAACAAUCAUGAAUAUCUUCUAUUGGCUGGAUCCAAAGCUAAAAGAUUUUCACAUAAAUAUGGAUAAGGAAUAUGGAGUCAACUGUUCGGACAUCUCAUUUGAACGUAUCAAAAGCCAUCUGGAUGUCUUUGCCUGGGGUCAUUUCUUGGGUUGGGCUUUCAAGGCAAUUCUCGUCCGACACAUGGGAAUAUUGUGGGCCAUUUCAGUUAUGUGGGAAAUCACAGAAAUCACAUUCGCACAUUUGUUGCCCAACUUCAUCGAAUGCUGGUGGGAUGCUCUGAUAUUGGAUGUGCUUGUGUGCAAUGGCUUGGGCAUUUGGGUGGGUUUGAAAAUUUGUAAAAUACUUGAAAUGCGCGAGUACAAAUGGGCGAGUAUACGUGACAUCUCGUCGACAAGUGGCAAGAUAAAGAGGGCUGUGUUGCAAUUUACUCCAGAGAGUUGGACUAGCAUUCGAUGGUUGGAUCCGAAUUCGACAUAUAUGAGAUUUGCUGCUGUGUGUCAACUAGUUAUAUUCUGGCAGGUAACAGAAUUGAAUACGUUCUUUUUGAAGCAUAUCUUCGAAAUGCCACCCGAUCAUUAUAUUGUGAUUGGACGGUUGAUGUUUGUUGGAUUAUUUGUUGCACCCUCUGUGAGGCAAUAUUAUACAUACGCAACUGAUUCUCGUUGUAAGCGAGUAGGUACUCAAUGUUGGGUUUAUGGUGCCAUUAUGGUUUCUGAGGCAAUUCUUUGCAUUAAGAAUGGCCGAGAGCUAUUUGAAAGAACACAAGCAACAAACAUUAUUAUUUGGCUGUCGAUACAAGUUUUCAUUUCAAUUGGAUUCGUUUAUGGAUGUGUACUAUGGCAGAAAACAACUGCAAAGAAUAAACAACAAAAUUCUCCAACUAAGAAGGCAAAUGUAGAGUUCAGAGAUUCUGCUGUCCUCAGAGGGGAUUCAAAAGGUCCUAUCUAUUAUGUUCAUCCUAAAAUUAUAGCACAUGCACAUGGAAAAUUAAAUAAACCACGUGUUGAUGUUGUUGAUACAUCGUAUGAUAUUAAAAUAAAAAUCGUCUAGCAAACAGCAACAAAGUUUUAUACC